UCCUCCGCUCAUGAAGACACUGCAGGGGAGCCAGAUGCCCGACUGCGAGACGCUGCCUGUGGAUCCUCAUCCCGAAUGCCAGAGCAGGCGACACAUCUCAUCCCACCGCACAGAGGAGGAGGAGGAAGAAGAGGAAGAAAUGGAGGAGUGAGAUAUAAUGCUUUUUUUUUCUUCUUUUUUUCUGUGUGUGAUUUCAUCUUUCGCUUCCAACUCGCUCCCUGUCUGUUGUUUCGGCGUCUGCUUUAAAUGAAGAGCCUCUUUGGACUUGGAGUACCGGGCAUCGUGAGAAAAAAGAGAAAAAACCACCCAGUUAUUCCACUGCUGCUGCUUCUGCUGCUGCGGUGCCGCUUACUGUGAAUUUGGAAUAUGUCGUGCGGCUCCCUGCACCAAACCAUGGAGAUUAUAUCACGUGGAUUUACGCUUUUUUCAAACAAAACUGGACAUCUACAGUAACGUCGUUUUUUUGGUAGAUUAUUAUUUUUUUGGGAGGGGGAUUGCGUUGUCCCUCGUUCUUUUUGUUUGUUUUUUGUUCUGUUCUUUCAUUUGAUCUGUGCCUACUUUUCUUUUUUUUAUGAUUUCAUGAAUUUAGAUUUUUCCUUUAACCUUUUGUUCAGAUUGUUUUUAUUUCCAUUUAUACUUUCUUCGUUUUCCCUUUCCUUCUUCUCUUUUGGACUCGAUGAAGUGGGAUGCCUCACGGAGAACAUUAGUGGGGCGCAGCAGCAAAACGUGAAUGAAUAAUAAUCCCCUUCUCCGUCUGAGACGUGCCAUGGAUGGGAAACUUAACUUAUGUCCACGGAACCGAUCGGGGAAUAGCCUCCUCCUCAAAUAACUGCUGCUGACAGCGACCAGGACGAAUGUCAUAGGAUGAACACUGCUGGUGGGGUGUGUCUGUCUGUGCUGUCCUCCCUCCUGGCCGUGGCUGGGGCCCUGGCUGCUCUGUCUGCCCUUGCUCUAGCUCCUCUCUCUACCCUAGCUGAGGUUGCCUAUGGGGCUGCUGAAAGCAUCCCCAGCACAGGGGCAGAAGGGGGCCCCUCACCCAUCUCCUCACCAUGCUCCAGCCUUGUAGCAGGGGUGCUCUAUGGUUCUUUCUCCCUAAGGGAGCUAUUUCCCUUCAGGACACCUGGUUGUUCUUGGUCCUUGGAAAAUCCAGAUCCUACAAAGUACUCCCUCUACCUCCGCUUCACCCGAAACCCCAUCAUCUGCCAAAUGCACCACCCCAUGCUCCUGUCUCUUGACCACCAUCAAGCCAAUCAAAGCUGCCCUCUCCAUCUACAAACUGUAACAGCCAGGGAUCAGGAGAUCAUUGAUCUCUGCGGCAGCCCCUUGAACUCAGACAGACCCUACUCCUUCCUGCAGUUUGAUAAAAACUUUGUUCAGUUAUGUCUGACGAGACACCCUGCUGCAGAUGAGCCUCAGGUAACAAAGGAAUUGGUGGAGCAGAGGCUGGUGGAGGUAUUGCUCAUUAACAACGAAAACUCCAGUCAGUUCACCUGCGGCGUGCUCUGUCGUUGGUUUGAGGAGUGUCUGCGGACGGACCCCAAUGGGAACCAGGAGACCACUGACGGGGAUGUUUGUGGGAUGACGCAAACAGGCUGCAUUUGUCCUAAUCAUAACAUCAUGGCACCGCCGAUUCCACUACUUCCGGAGACACCUCACAGUUUCAGCAACGGUUCCCUCGUCCCUGAUGACUGCUGUGUAACCGAACUUCACUCCAACGAUGCGAUUGCCAUAGCACCGAGAGACGUCAGGCAAGACCCAUACGAUGACGACCUGAAGGUGAAGACCCAAAGGCCACGAUCAGCUGACCUGCCAGGUGUGUUUCAGGCACAAACAGGUGAUCCGGCGGCUGAGGAGUGGUCGCCGUGGAGUGUGUGUUCUCUGACGUGUGGGCAAGGCUGGCAAGUGAGGACGCGGUCCUGUGUCUCCUCUCCUUAUGGCACGCUUUGCAGUGGUGCUCUGCGGGAAACGCGCAUGUGCAACAAUACGGUUUCCUGUCCUGGUGAACCUGGAAUCAUAAGUACAGUGCAUGGGCAAUGGGAGGAGUGGUCGUCAUGGAGUCUGUGCUCUGUUACCUGUGGGCGGGGCUCCAGAACACGUACCAGGAAGUGCAUGGAUGGAGGUGGGGUGAAGCCUUGCGGCCAGCCCGACAUUCAGACCAAACCCUGCAACAUAGCCGUUUGUCCUGUGGAGGGCCAGUGGUUGGAGUGGGGCGCGUGGUCAACAUGCAGCGUGACCUGCAACACGGGGACCCAGAUGAGGCAAAGGCGCUGCAGUCCCUCGGUGCAUGGCUGGGCAGAGUGUAAGGGGCUUCAUCAGGAAAGCAGGGAAUGCGCCAACCCUUCAUGCGGUGGUGGAGGCAACUGGGGCAGCUGGAACCACUGGAGUCUGUGCAGCAAGACGUGCGACUCAGGGUGGCAGCGGCGCUACAGGAUGUGUGAGGGGAGCGGAGAACAAGGCUAUCCCUGUGAAGGUUCAGGAGAGGAGGUCCGGUCCUGCAACGAGAAGAAGUGCCCCGCUCCUCAUGAGAUAUGCAAAGACGAGCACCUCCUUUCGAUGUCAUGGAAGAGAGCCUCAGCCGGAGAAACAGUCUACAACAAGUGUCCAACAAAUGUUAUCGGAUCUGCUAGUCGUCGAUGUAUGCUGGACAAUAACGGAGUUGCUUUCUGGGGUCCUCCGAGCUUCGCCAGAUGCGUCUCCCUUGAGUAUAGACAAUUGCAUUUAGCUUUGCUAGAGCAUCUUGCGAAGGGUCAGAGGACCCUGGCCGGGGAGGGGAUGUCUCAGAUCGUACGGAGUCUCCUGGAACUUUUGCAGAGGAGGAGCUACUACAGUGGCGACCUUCUCUUCUCCACGGAGAUCCUGCGAAAUGUGACGGACACCUUCAAAAGAGCAACCUACAUCCCAGCUUCCGACGACGUGCAGAAAUUCUUCCAGAUUGUCAGCCACAUGUUGGACUUGGAAAAUCUGGAGAAGUGGGAGGACGCACAUCAGGUCGCUCCCGGUGCUGCUUUGCUGAUGAGAAUAUUAGAAGAUUUUAUUCAUUUCAUUGGAGAAGCACAGAAGCCUUUUCAGAGUUUCCUGACAGUCACUAACAAUCUCAUGAUAACCAUACAAAGAGAGCCAGUGUCAGCAGUUUCAAGUGACAUCAACUUUCCCAUGAAGGGACGGCGAGGGAUGAAGGACUGGGCCAGAACAGCGGAGGACAAGCUCUACAUCCCUAAACAAGUCUUCACCAUUCCUGCUGAGGAGCCGGGGGAAGAAUCAGAAACCACAAUGUAUUAUGUCAUUGGAGCGAUUUUGUACAGAACCCUUGGCAUCAUCUUACCUGGACCAAAUCCUCCUGCGGUGAUCAACUCCAAGAUCCUGACGGUGACGGUGCGACCCGAACCUCAGCCGAGUGAGCCCAUGGUUGUGGUGGAGCUGUCACCGCUUUUAAAUGGUACAUCAGAUCCUCAGUGCGUUGUCUGGAACUAUGGCAACACGGAAGCUGGCACAGAAAACUGGGGCACAGAAGGCUGCCAAACGCUAGCAUCAAACACUGUCCACACCAAAUGCCUCUGCAGCAGGAUAUCCACCUACGCCGUGUUAGCGCAGCAAGCUAAAGACCCGGACAUGGGUCCUACCAGCAUGCCCUCAGUGCCCCUUAUGGUGGGCUGUGGAGUGUCCUGCACUGCUCUCCUCAUCCUGCUGCUCAUCUACGCUGCCUUUUGGAGGUAUAUCCGGUCAGAGAGAUCGAUCAUCUUGGUCAACUUUUGCUUCUCCAUCCUGGCCUCCAAUUUACUGAUUCUGCUCGGACAAUCUCAAACACUCAACAAGGGGCUGUGUACUGUGACUGCUGCUUUCCUGCAUUUCUUCUUCUUGGCAUCCUUCUGCUGGGUGCUAACUGAGGCAUGGCAGUCCUACCUGGCUGUCAUUGGCAAAACAAGGUCACGCAUCAUUCGCAAGCGUUUUCUGUGCCUCGGCUGGGGUCUUCCAGCCCUUGUUGUUGCAGUGUCGGUGGGUUUCACCAGAGCAAGAGGUUAUGGCACCGCCAGCUAUUGCUGGUUGUCUUUGGAGGGCGGCCUGCUUUAUGCCUUCGUUGGUCCUGCUGCUGUCAUUGUACUGGUGAACAUGCUCAUUGGGAUUGUGGUGUUCAACAAGCUCAUGUCUCGAGACGGCAUCUCAGACAAGUCUAAAAAGCAGCGAGCAGGUGUCCCGGCGGAGGCGCGGAGCCGACUGCUCCUGAAAUGCUCCAAGUGUGGCGUGAUCUCAAGUACUGCUAUGUCCAGCUCGACGGCCAGCAGCGCCAUGGCGUCCCUGUGGAGCUCCUGUGUGGUUCUUCCUCUGUUAGCAUUGACCUGGAUGUCAGCCGUGCUGGCCAUAACUGAUCGGCGCUCCACACUCUUCCAGGUCCUCUUCGCUGUUUUUGAUUCUGUCCAAGGCUUUGUCAUAAUCACUGUCCAUUGUGCUAUGCGCCGAGAGGUGCAAGACGCUGUGCGUUGUCGAAUGGGGGGAUGUAAAGAUGACAGCGAAAACUCCCCUGACUCCUGCAAGAACGGACAGGUGCAGAUCAUGAAGGGCUCUUGUGGACAGCAGCACGGCUCUCGUCAGAGCACACCCCUGUGUUUGUCUGGCUGUCAUCCGCAGCUGCCGACACCGACGUGCCACCACACAAGCCAGCAAGCCUGUUACCAUGAACUGCCUAACAGCAGCCGCAACUGUGUGCCGAACCACGGUCACACACAUGAGCACACCCCUUUGCUCAACAAUACCCACAACCACACCCCCAAUCACAUCAACAGUCGAUCAACGGAUUUCGAGAAGGACGUGGACUUGGCUUGCCAGACAGAGAGAGGACACCCAUUCAUUUUCAAAGAGGUCAACACCUGUAACCCAGCCACCAUCACUGGAACCCUGUCACGAAUCUCCCUGGAUGAUGAGGAUGAUCCAAAGCUCGCAGCACAUCAAGAAGGGGGAGUAGGGGUCAAUUUCAGUUCUCUUCCUGGAAACAUCCCACCUCCAAACCUCAUUGUUCAGGUUCCAACAUUAGGACUUAAUGAGCUCAGUGAGACACCUCUUAAGAAGGAGGUAAACUUGGACCAGCAGAGACAGCAGGGGCAGCCACGCUCCACCGCUCCAAUCUACUUGUGCACUGAGAGCGGCCUGGGUUGGGCCCGGCCGCCUGCAUCCUCCAACAAUUCCCAGGACGGAAGCGCAGGAAGUGGGGGGAGCGGCGGGGGUGGAAGUGGCGGAGGAGGGGAAGGAGACUACAUGGUCUUGCCUCGUAGGACGGUCAGUCUCAAACCCCCCGCGCCCUCUUCGCAGGGAGGAGGCCUGGGACUUGGCGGCGAGGACAAGCCCCUCAAUAUCGCGGUGGAGGAUCCUCCCUUUCCCCCUCCUCCCUCUCCGCUGACCCUCCACCCAGCAGAGAGCGAGGCCUAUCCAGCAGAUUUUGUGCCGUCCAACGUCGGUGACAUGAAUAUCACCAUGAACCUAAACCGCUCCUACGGGACUAUCAAAACCGUGCCCCAUGGGCAUGGCCACUUGAUGGGCCAAGGUGGGCAUGUGCACUCCCACGGAGGACACAUGCACUCCCACACGCAUUCACUCCACCUAAAACCAGGCCAGAGGCCAUCAGUCAGACAGAUUCUGACAGGGGGAACCACAGUGGAGAGAACCCGCACCCUCCCACGCAACCUAGGCAGUACCAAUGCCAACACCAGCCUCUCAGCGGGAUCCCUGGAGAGGAAGAGAGUACGGUACUCUGAGCUGGACUUUGAGAAAGUGAUGCACACUCGCAAAAGACAUUCUGAGCUGUACCAUGAGCUCAACCACUCGUCCAAGUUCCACACCAUAGACAGGUAUAACAGGGACCCAGCCAUGUCCACAUUCAAGUUUGAUCGUAGCCACACAGUCAGCAGCACCAUGGGCAUCCAAGUCAACAAAGGACAAGUCCAAUCCCGAGGACCAAACCUCCUGGGACAGCUUCAAGACCAUGACCCCCGAACUGUCUAUCGUGCCUGGGGAGCAGAAAGACCGUCUGGAAUUGCACAAUAAGAACUGGGACUCGUCCUCAGCGAACACACCGGACUCAUCCGAGGGAGACUUUCAGACUGAAGUCUGAAGAAGUCACGCGAGACGUUCAUGCUCACCUUAACCACAGACCUGAGAUAAUGUUGAGAUACAGACGUGCACACGCAUACACACAUGCAUACACACACACAGAGACACACAUGCGCAGACUCCUGAAAAAAUUUACAUAGGUACGAUCUCCUGCAAAGGAUCUCAGACAUUUUGCUCCCUGACUCAUGCAAUGUGCUUUGUUGGAUCCCAUACUGUAUUUGUUUACGGCUGAAGAGGAUGUUUAUUCAAAAGGAAGACUGUUCUUCGCUCUAUUUUCGCAAAGACUAUCGGUUGGGUGGGGAGGGGAAGAGGGGUGGGACAGAACAGGGGCUGGAAAGAUCUGUGACUAAAGACAAUUUUUAAAAGAACUGAAAAAGGAUGAAAAACAACAUUUCUGAGAAAAAAAAAAGGUCUUGUUUUUAUUCUUAAGAUAAAAGAAAAUGUCCUACAAGUGUUUGAUGACUUGUUUGGGGUGGAGAGAAACAUAAGAAUA